CGUCAUCAUUCAGUCUCGUUUAGGAGAGCAACCCGAGAGCAUCGUUCGCUCCCGUUGUUGCUGCUAGCAGCGCGAUCGCAUCGCUGAUUGGUUGAUUCGAAAUUGCGCGCGCGUGUGCCCGAUCGUGAAUCCGUGAACGUGAUCCGUUCAAGCGCUAUCUGUCGAGUGUGGAGUGUGAAACCGAAAUGUGCCCUGGAAUUUUCGAAAUAUUUGCGGUUUUCCACCGGAACAUUGCGAUGACUAAUUAGGAAGCAGUCGGGAGAGAAAUUCCAUCGCAUCGCACCUAGAACAGUACCCAUUGCGCCGCGUUUGAGAACAGGAAUAUCAGUGUUUGUUGAAGAUCAUCAAUCCACGGAAACCGGUUCCCGGUCCAGUCAGCAGCCAGUUAGUUAGUCGGCGAGCGAGCGAGUGAGCAAGCGCAACGUGUCGUCGACGACGACGAGUUGUUGUCAUCGAUCGCGACGCGACGCGACACCGUCAUUUGCAUUUAGGUAGACACCAGGCGCAUCCGACUGUCGUCACCACCCCGUCACCCGUGUGUAUUUGCAUCCGCGAACGAGUGUGGGUAGUGUGCAGUGUAGUUCCGGUUUCGGAUGAAUCGGGGGUGAAUUUAACCCUUUAUAAGGCGAUGGAAACUUGAUCGUCGGCAUUUGUUGUGAUAAAUGAUAAACUAAUAGCCAUUCCUUUUACUUCUGGUUCUGCAUGCCACGCUCAAGUUUCCUCCGACCUUAUAAGGGGUUAAUGCUGCGCAGCUCACAACUCAAUCAAAGUUUAGUGACCACAGCAGUAGCAUCAGCAGCAGCAGCAGCAGCUGAUCAACAAGUGUGAAAUUGCGUGUAUAAUCGAUUGGCCGAAAUAGCGUUCCCAAGCAGAAGUAUAAGAUGUACCGGCCGGUACGUUCUAUUGUUGUCGCCGUUUGCGGGCUAUUUGCAUUUUCCGGCGGCGGCGGCGGCGGCGGCGGCGGCGGUGCGUUCGAAGUUUCCCGUACUCUGGCAGAGGACCCAUCCGAGAAAGGUGACAAUUGUCUAGACUUAAACGGCUCACUAGGCACUUGCACCUUACCCAACGAGUGUCCCUGGUUCGUUCAGAACGUGAUCCGCGUGAAACGGAUCUCUUACGUCGACGUUCCAAAGUGUGGCUUCACACGAGAUGACGAGCUAAUUUGCUGCCCUAAGGAAGACGAUUUAAGCAGAUUAGGAUCGAACGGCGACCAGCCGCAGAGGAAAGCUGCCCAGGCAUGUCGGAAUUUCCAACGCGGAAUCUCGUACAUCGCACAGCACAUCAUAGAGGGGGUCGAGGCCGAUGACGGAGAGGUACCAUUCAUCGCGGCAUUGGGGUACAGCACGUCGGAAGCUGGCCGGAAGUAUGCCUGGGGCUGCGGAUCAAGCUGGAUUGCGAAAAAGUUCCUCCUGACGGCCGCGCAUUGCGUGAGGGCCAAUCAAAGACCGAUCGUUGCCCGGAUGGGCACACUGAACUUGGAGGCCAACGACGACCGGCAUGUUCAGGAUUCGGAGCUGAAGAAAUUUUAUCCACAUCCGAGCUAUACGUCCAAGAGCAAAUAUCACGAUAUCGCACUGAUCGAGUUGGUCACAGCUUUCACGUUCGAUCAAAACGUCAAUAUGAUCUGUUUGCACACGGACACGCAAGACAUGAUUCCAACACACGUUUUGAAAGCAUCCGGAUGGGGUUUGACAGACACUGACAAGUCCCGUUCGGACAUACUGCUCCGGGUGGACCUUAGCACGCAACCGUUGGCCCAAUGUGCGCAGCAGUAUCAGUCACAGGUGGGAGAUGCCAACGGCCGACUGGCCUCCGGGGUCAUCGAACAGCAGUACUGCGCCAUUGGGAAACGUCACGCGUCCGGAAAACGAGGAGAUUCUUGCGUUGGAGACUCGGGAGGUCCGCUGUACUACGCGGACAACCGCGCCGAUCGGUUCUUCCUUGUGGGAAUCACCUCGUUUGGACUGGGCUGUGGAGACUCUGCCAGCAUUUACACCCGGGUGGCGUCCUAUCUGGACUGGAUCGAGCCGAUCGUGUGGCCCGAUGAAGCGUCUCUGCAGCAAUGAGUAAUUAAAGUGGAUGGAAUAUUUAAAUCGCUAUGCAAAUGUCUUUUUUUAUUGUCAUUCUUCGGCGUAUGUUGACUAUUACACGGAAAACCUGUUUCUCUUUGAA